GUCUGAGGAUCUUUCCCUGUCCACCACAAUCGUCCAGACCUCCGACCUAACCUUCUCAUUUGCCAGCCAACAGCUUUAUCACCAGACAGGGUUACAUCAUGACGUACAUCACAUUCCCGACAAACAACUUUUGGGACCCGAUGAUGCCCCUUCUAGCUUGCUUUAUGGGCGACUUGUGUUCCCUUCUUCGCUUGGGAAUGUCACCUGAGAGAAGUAUGGACAACUUGUGGAUUCAGUAUGAUGCGCUGGAGGAAAUGGUCCGUGCUAUUGACGAAAUCAAUUGGUUUGAAACUGAAUACGCCCGUCUACCCUCAGACUACGAAACCCUCUACGGCAAUCUCCGGCUGAUCGAACCUUUGGAUGCUCGGCGUCUGUUGCUCACAAGGCGAAACAAACAGCUUCUCAGACGCUGUGACAAGUUACUCACCAAUGACCGAUAUGACCCUUAUGACCUACCACAGUAUUACCCACUCUUACACCAGCUAGACCGGGGCCUUGCCCAUCUCAAGUCAAAUAUCGACAAUUAUCGAUUAUGCGUUCGAACCUGCAUUGAUGAGCUUGGCCGCGGGACAGUCCAGCCCUUGAAUAUACUGGACUUACCCAAUGAACUGCUUAUACUGAUAUUCAAUUUCUUACGCUGCCAUGAUCGUCUUGAUGGCUACAGGCACUACAACUCACCUAUUUACGUGAGACCGUCCUCUGACAUCCAGAAUACUCGCCUUACCUGCCGUAGAUUUUGUGCAGCUAGCUCACAUCUCCUUAUCAACUACAUCCACGUGGAGUGCCAAACCAAGUCAUUGGGCCGGCUUCUGGAAAUUUCUAAACAUCCUACCAUCAGCAAGGGUGUUUUUGGGGUUGUUGUCAAGCUUACUUCUUAUCAUCCGGUACUUGCAAACGAUCGGCGCGCAUUUGCUCGUGUCUGGGCUCAGAGACUCCGUAAUAAACUCGAUGAUCUGUGCGAAUCGGAUGAUCCAACUCCUUCUAAUGAGGAUUUAGAGAAUUGGCAUAAAGUAGAACAAGCUUGGGAGAACGUGGCUUCCAACGGUAGCGGUAGCCUUCACUCUGAGCCUUGCACCAAGGCGAUUCGAACCUGUCAUAUGGAAUUCAAAAAGAGAGUACUUGACCAAGAAUGUCUGGGUAAGGGCGGCAUUUUCGUCAGACUUACCGCUAUGGCCAUGUCGCAAAUGCCUUUGGCCCAAGAUUUAGCAUUUUACGAACCGAUUGAAUUCGAUGGUGAAUCACCUUUGCUAGCAAGCAAUGACCCUCUAGCAAUUGGGCGAUCAUUACUCUAUCCAUUUUCUUCAAAGGAACACGAAGCCCAUCACUGGAACCAUCAUUUGCCUUUCGGCAACAUACCCGACUUUCUAGCCGCUCUGCCGCCAGCAGGUGUCUCAAUAAAGACUUUAAAGAUUGAAAGUGGCGUAUGGAGCGCGAAUCUGAAUGAAGCCACCGUUUUGGUUUUCAAUCCCAUGUCGCACGACAAUAUUCGCCUCCUCGCAAGCAACUUAAAAUACGUCUCUUGUCAACUCCAUUCGCUAUAUGGAGAAACUUUGGACCAGUUGAUAAGCGACAACUCUCGGUUUCUGUCAGUAGUCUUAGAUACCGACAGUCUCACCGGGAUCGAUAUCCAUGUCGCGGAUACAAGGGAUUUCACCAAAUCCAGUGCUUGCAGCAUUGGUCCUAUAUUGAAUAGUCGAAAGCGUGAUCAAUUGAACAUGCUCCGUUUGUCAGAAGUAGCUAUCCAUGAAAAUGAGCUACAGCAGAUUAUUUCUUCACUCCAACCGAAGUCCAACAACCCCUACUCUGGAGUCCAGAUCCUACUCUCUUAUGUACAACUACUCAGUGGGUCGUGGGCUAGUGUAUUGGACUCCCUACAUGACAAGGUAGAUUACAGAUCGAUCCUCCGGCACCCAUAUGGAGGUGAAUGUGAGGAUAUGACGGACGACGAAUAUUGGAGGAUAUUUUCAGGUGGUGGGCGCCGGAGUUCGCUAGCCGAGAAGUACAUUCGAAAUGUGCCGCGAGGAAUUUCGAAUCCUAUGCACAUUACCUCUCCCGAUCUUGCUGAACCAGAAGUUUCCUAAAUGCAAUUGCGCAGUUUCCCAUUAGGGGUAUUAACAAAUGGACUCGUACCUGAAAAGUUUGACCUAAAAUAAUUACGGAGGUUUCAUUCCCUUACCCUCAUAUCUCACUGAAAUUCAGAUCAUAUCAAGAUCAGUCUU